CUGUCAAGAUGGCGGCCUACCUGCAGUGGCGCCGCUUCGCCUUCUUCGACCGCGAUGUCCUGACGGAGCCUGAUGGGAAGCCCGUGCUGUUGCCGCCAGGCAUAACGGUCUGCGACUCGGGCCGGGGCAGUCUCGUUUUCGGGGAUAUCCUUGCUGUUAGUGGUGUCGCGGGGGGCGGGCAGGGUGCCUCUGAGCGUGUGUGGAGUGCUCUUUUUCCCUCAACCAGUUUGCCUGGGCAGGGCUUUUGUCUCGGUCAGCGGACAUGAGUUUUGGGUAAGCUGGAGCCAUGGCUCGCCUUCUGCCAAAGUCUGAAGGCAUUCCUCCUCUCCGCCCCGUGGGUUUAUUCAUGUUAAGAACAUAAGGCGAUGCCUGAUGAAAGCAUUGGCCCUACAUCGUGGUGACUGAGUUGUCACCCUUGCUGCUGACCAUGGCCAUUGCCCAAACUGACGGCAGUUAAAAGUCCAGCAACAUCUGGGCAACCACAGGUUAGGUAGGCACUCUUGAGUCUACGAUGACCAACAGACAGAAAGUAGAAGCCUUUACCUACUUGGAGGUUCUAGGGAUUGAAUCUAGAAUCCUUUAUAUGCAAAGCAGGUGCUUCACCACCAACCUUUGACCCAGCUCAGAUAUGCAGGUCUUGUUCAGUGUCUGGGUGGGAGGCAGCUACGGAAACAAUUUGAGUUCCAUCAUGGAAGAAAGAUGGGAUAUAAACGUAAUGCGAUAAAAGAUUUUAGAAGCGAACCACUGAGCCUUUUGUGCCUUCUGCUCUCUUAUGGGGAGGACUCCUUAACUCAGACCUACAUAUGGAAGGGCAGAUAUGGUUCCUGCUGCGCAACCUUGAGCUCAGCAGCUUCCAAGCUUAUAAGCUGAGAGUGACACAUCUCUACCAGUUGAAGCAGCACAGCAUCUUGGCUUCAGUUGGGGAGGAUGAAGAAGGCAUUAACCCUUUGGUAAGUUGGUUUGAGGGAAGCCAGACUUGGUUUUCUGUUUGAUGGAAAGAUUUUGCGAGAUUAGUUGUAGGGAAGGAGGAGUCUUCUGUGAUGACAAGGCUGAGAUAAGUGUGGGCCACCAGUUCUUCAAAACAUUGCUGCUGGAAUCUAGAAAUUUUAAAUAUUUAUUUGUCAUCUAAGCCUUUAACUCAGGUGUUCAGGAAUUUUGGCUUUUUUAUAUUUUUCUGACGUGCAUACAGUCAUACCUCAUGUUACGUCUGCUUCAUGUUAUUUCCUGCGGCGACCCGGAAGUACCGGAAAGGGUUACUUCCGGGUUUCGCCACUCGCGCAUGCACAAAAGCGCAAAAUGACGUCAUGCGCAGAAGCGGCAAAUUGCAACCUGCCGUGAUCAGAUGCACUGCUGCGGGUUACGCUCUUUUCAUAUUGCCAACGGACCUCGGGAACGGAUUCCGUUCGCAGCCAGAGGUACCACUGUAUUUGGCUUAAGCCUGAUCAAAAGAAGGGUGUCUUGCUCCUUCUGCCUAUUUGCCCUGCAGUGACUUUCUGCUAGGAGAGUAAAUGUGGAUCCUUUCUUUCCACAGCAACUAUGUCUGCACUCCUGGUCCCAGAGUUUGACUGGAGAAAGGGGGAAAUGUGCAUCUUAUAUGCACAGUAGCACUUUUAGAUAAAAAGGGAAUCGGUCCAAUUUGUGGUGGUUUUCCUCAACAAGCCCCCUAUAAUAACUUGUAGGUCAAAGUCUGGAAUCUAGAGAAGCGUGACGGUGGGAAUCCUCUGUGCACCAGGAUUUUCCCUGCAAUACCAGGCAACAAGCCUACAGUUGUGUCCUGCCUCACAGUCCAUGAGAAUCUCAACUUCAUGGCCAUUGGUAAGUGGAAAUGAAAUUGCUGCUGUGAGUUACAGACAUAAAAUCAUAAAGGAGAAAUUGAUCUUGCAGAAAUUGAUCUACUUUGUUUUGGGGAGAGUACUCCUUCGUCGCUUCAUAUUAAUCUAAUUCAGCUUUCCAUUUGGUGGACUUACCUGAUGUCUUCCGAUGGCAGAGAAUGCCUGCUUUUUCCCAUUCUCUUGGAAUGCAGCAUUCACCCUUUCCCAUUUCUGCUGUAGGCUUUACAGAUGGGAGUGUUGUGCUCACUAAAGGGGACAUCACAAGAGAUCGGCACAGCAAAAGUCAGAUCCUUCAUGAAGGCAGUUACCCAAUUACAGGCCUUGCCUUCCGUCAGUCUGGCAAAACAACACAUCUGUUUGUUGCCACCACAGAGAACAUCCAGGUAAGAUGUUUGGUUGACCACCAGGGGCGGAUGUGUGUGUUAUGCCCUGCUCCAUCCCAGUUUCUGAGCUGUUCUUGUGGCUUUCCAAGCUUCAUUGUGUCCUCCUCCUUGUGGACUUUGCAGUGUUACACGCUUUCAGUGAAGGACUAUCCGAAGCUAGAAUUGGACACACGGGGCUGUGGGCUGCGCUGCUCCACACUCAGCGAUCCCUCCCAGGACCUCCAGUUCAUUGUGGCAGGAGAUGAAUGUGUAUAUCUGUACCAGCCAGAUGAGCGUGGGCCCUGCUUUGCCUUUGAAGGCCAGAAGCUGAUAGCCCACUGGUAUCGGGGCUACCUUGUCAUUGUUUCCAAGGAACGGAAGCCUUCUCCAAAGUAAGACAGAACUGCAAGACAGAAUAACUUGAAUUGUUUUCCUUUGACCUCUUAAAAACUCAGGGUGUGGGAUCUGGAUAAAGGUGGUUGCUGUUAAAUUAUUUAUUGCUUCUGGUUAGGUACUCUUCUGUAGGAGAGAGCAGUAGAAAGCUAUUGUGUGUUGCAUGGGAUUUCUUUUUGACCUUCCAAUCCCUAUUUGAAGGCAGUGUUGAAUCCAGCUUUCCUUUCCAGCUUCCUAUCAGAUCUUGGAUUUUCUGACUAUGCUGAGUGGGAUAUGUACAAGUAAUCUUGAGAAUGUGAUGACUGUCAUGAAAGGUCCAAAUGGCUGAAUGCGGGGGUUGGGGUUGGGUAGGGAAACCCUACUUUGCAGCAAGGCAAUAUGUUGUGCUAUCCAAGGCUCAGAAACAGUUAGGAUGACAUACAUAUUGUGGGGGAGAAAUAGGAGGCAGGUGCAUCUUAUGCACUGGAAUGCAAAAGCUUGGUCAUUAGUUUUUUAGAUUCAUCAGGUACUCACAGAGGGCUCUGCCAGCUGACUUUAACAUUUGCCUGGAAAUGUUAAGUAAGCAGUUUGAGACUCUCUGAGACUGGAGUGUGGACCAUUCUUUCAUCCAAUGCAUGAAAGGGAACUCCUGACCUGUGAGUGAAAGUUAAAAGACUGAGGCUGUCCCUCACUCUUUGCUCCUCUGUACUCUAGAUCGGAAUUUGCUGGGAGUGAUCCACAAAACUCUGACAAGCAGAUCCUGAAUAUUUAUGACUUGGGCAACAAGUUCAUUGCAUACAGUUCUGUCUUUGACGACGUGGUGGAUGUCCUGGCGGAGUGGGGGUGCCUCUAUGUGCUGACCAGAGAUGGGAAGCUCCAUGCACUGCAGGAGAAGGACACGCAAACCAAGCUUGAGGCAAGGGACCUUGGUCACUUCUUCCUUUUCUGUGGUUAGUGGGGUUCUGAGGUGCAAAGCUUAUUCACAGCUGCCUGCAGCUCAAAGCCCAGACGUUGCCCUACACCAGACCGUUUGGACUGCAAAUACCAUCAGUUCCAGCAUCAUACACCUGUGCUGCCUGGGGCUGAUGGGGAGCUGUAGCCCCAACCAUUUGGAGGGCUCCAGUUUAUGGGAGGUUGGUGUGGUCUGCUGUUGCUCCGUAGGGAGCCUGAGUAAGGGGCUGGAAGUGACUCUGAACUAGCAUCUGUGCCAUGUGGCACAGAGGGGAGGGAGCAGCUGUGGCCUAGAGCCCCUUGUUUCUCUUACACUUAUGAAAGCUGCAAAUGCAUGUUGUUAUGCAUUCACAAAACAAUACAUCAGUAUGCAUUCCAUACUUGAGGACCCCAGUAAUUAAGCAGCUCCCCAUGGAACAAUAGUUAUGAAUAGUCAAGAUAACCCUUAAAACCCUGUUGAUCCCAUCAACGUUUGUAAGCAAGCAAGCACUUCUCUUCCAACAGAUGCUCUUCAGGAAGAACCUCUUUGAAAUGGCCAUUCACCUGGCCAGGAGCCACCACCUGGAUAGUGACGGGUUGUCUGAGAUCUUUCGCCAGUAUGGAGACCAUCUGUAUAACAAGGGAAACCACGAUGGCGCCAUUCAGCAAUAUAUUCGGUAGGCAGGAUAGGGGAGUUUUGGCCCUCCUUCCCUCCCUCCCUUUCCAUUACAGCCAUGUUGGGGUGAGAAGAAAAACCAGAGGCCUUGCUAUCUAAGCAUCUGGGUGCCACAAAUCUGGAUUUUUAAUCUGACCAACCUGCCACCUUCUUAUUCCUUUCUGAAUUGCUUCACCAGGGAAAUCAUCAUGAGAUGGGAACUAAAUCCAUCCAAAUGUGGUUUGCAAACACACAGAGCCCUGGUGAGCUCUGACACAUCCAAAUGAAGUUUGGCUCUCUGGAUCUCAGUGGACUGGGAUUUAUUUACUGAGAUAGUAUAUAGGGAAUGCCUAUCUAUCUGUGGUUGCUCCUGGCUUUUCAGAUUGUGAGGUGCUUAUCAGCAGAUUGCACUACCUUUGGCAAUGUGAGGGGCAGACCAAGAUAAUUUUCCAGCCCCAAAUUGUGAGAACUACAAGUUUUGAUUUCCACCCACUUGAUUUCCACUCUCCCCAAUUAAUUUGGCACUCCAAGCCACCUCCUCUCCCCGUGCCCUACUUGUGUUGGAAAUUGUGGCUGCACCUUCUGAUCUUCUGUAGAACCAGAUGCGAGGUUGGGCUUACAUGCACACUUUCUCAUCUUCUCUCUUGGCUUUUGACUACCUGGAAUAGGGUCCUCAUGGGGUCCUCUUUCUCCCUAGUACCAUUGGGAAACUAGAGCCAUCCUACGUCAUCCGCAAGUUCUUGGAUGCUCAGAGGAUACACAACCUGACUGCGUACUUGCAGACGCUCCACCUGCAGUCAUUGGCCAACGCAGACCACACGACACUGCUGCUGAAUUGCUACACCAAGCUGAAAGACAUAUCCAAGCUUGAGGAGUUCAUUAAGGUACAACAGGGAAGGGUGUGGAUGCCCUGGCGCGCUGGCUCCUCCUUCCGCAUUAUGCCUCAAUGGGCUUGUGUGCUUGAGCAGCCAUCCUCCAACUUUUGGUGCCUGCCUGCUCCACAUUCCCAGUACAGAGAUUGAGAGAGCCUUCCGGGUAAUUGAAGGACCCUUCAUGUGGCUGCUUGAGGUUGGGUGGGUGCUUUCCUCCAGUCCUGGAGUUGAGAAGGAUCAGAAGUAUUCCCUUUGCAGGAAGAGCAGCUUAUUUCUUUUUAACCUCAUAGGAGGGAAGAAGCAGAGGCCUUCUCUUUGUCUCAGGGGGCAACCUUUUGCUUCUGGCUCCAGCCAUAAUAUGUUACAGUUUCAUGGGAGACAUACAGAGGCAUUCCUCUUUCUCAGUAGACAUGCCCCUUCUGAAUGCCUUCUUUGCUUUGUCCUCCCCCACACAGACCAGUGAGAGCGAGGUGCACUUUGAUGUGGAGACAGCCAUCAAGGUUCUGCGUCAGGCAGGCUGCUACUCCCACGCCGUGUACCUAGCUGAGAAGCAUGCGCACCACGAGUGGUACCUCAAGAUCCAGCUGGAGGAUAUCAAGGUGAGACCAAACUGCCUGCCUGAUGCUGAGCUUCACUUCCAGCUUUUAAAGCUGACUUCUUGCAGUGCAUCUGGAUGCUGUAGAAACCUGAGAGGCGCUUUGGCUCGGGAGGGGUGUGUGUGACGACCGUGUUUCUCUACGUUCUCCCUUUUUUGCAAUGGGGAUAGUAGUGUCCACAGUUUGGGACUGUGUACAUCUGUUUUCCCACAUGGCAGACAAAGAGGCGUUAGACUAGCGUAAGGGUGGGUAACUUGCUUGCUCCCGUGGGUCUUUCACUUGGCCUGUUACAAACACUUCCUUAGUUGUUAAAACGUUUUGGGGUCUCAAGGCUGCAGCAGCGAGUUUAAAAGGACUUGCUAUGAUUUUUACAUUAAGUGGGGCAGCUGCUCCUGUGCUGCCUUUUGCAAGAGGAUCUGUGUGACUUGUUGCCGUGGAGAAAAAAAGGCAGGACUGUCCGCUGCUUACUUCUUUUUCCUUAUUAUUAUUAUUUAUUGAUUUUUCACAAAAAACAGACAGACAGACAAAAACCUUUAACACAGACCGUAAAUUAUAUUAUCCAUUGACUUCUCAUCCUCCCCUUCCAUGGCAUCCACAUUUACCCUUGAAUGCUGCAUAUUUCACAUAUACUAUCCAAUACAGUCAUACCUUGGAAGUCGAAUGGAAUCUAUUCCUGAAGUCCGUUCGACUUCCAAAACGUUCAGAAACCAAAGUGUGGCUUCUGAUUGGCUACAGGAAGUUCCUGCAGCCAGUUGGAAGCCACACCGGACGUUCGGCUUCUGAAAAUUGUUCGGAAACCGGAACACUCACUUCUGGUUUUUGAUCGUUUGGGAGCCGAAACGUACGAGUUCCAAGGCGUUUGGCAACCAAGGUACGACUGUACAUCCAUUUUAACCUAUUUAUCUUAAUAAUGAACGCUGUUGCUCAUAUUUCAAGUCCUGCUCGCGUUUUCAUCUCACUAUAGGUAGUUCUUUAAAUACUUAGUUCUAACCCCAAGAUACAGGGGAACUGGGGUCUGCUUCUGAAGUUUGCUCAGCCUGUCUUGCCCUGGGAGUAUUAUCCAUGCUUGCGUCAGAAGCCCUCUUCAGGUGUCCUAUCAGCAUGUAGAAUAAUUACUGGGGGAGGGGGGUAUGGGGAUGGGAGUGCUAGUUCUGCCCCCCUCAUUUUCAUUCCCGUUGUCCUCCCCCAAGUUGGAGGCCAACUGUCUGAAGCUCUGAGCUUCUUGUACUUGUUGAGGCUCCCUGUGCACUUUUAUUUAUUUAUUUAUUUUAAAUGAUAUUUAUUAAAAUUUCAAAAGAAAAAGAUUACAUUGAUAAAAAAAAUAACAGUAGAAAAAAGAAAAAUACAAAAAAGAAAAAAGAAAAAACAGUUAAAAACAAUUCCAUCUUUUCAUCACUUCUCUUACAUUUACUUGUUUCCCGGACCUCCUCAUACCUCCCUUUUUUGUAUUCCAAUUCAAUUUGUUAGUCCAGCAAUUCCUUUCCCUCCUUUUUAAUCCUGAUCUUUAAUCUUAAUAUAUUAUAACAUUAAGUUUUUACGUAUUGAAAACCAAUUUUUCCAUAUUCUUUUAUACCAUUAUAGCUAGAAACCACUUAACUUCAAUCCAACAUCAUUCUAACAUUCAUUAAUUUUACAAUAUUUCUGUAAGUAGUCUUUAAAUUUCUUCCAAUCUUCUUCCACCGACUCUUCUCCCUGGUCUCGGAUUCUACCAGUCAUUUCCGCCAAUUCCAUGUAGUCCAUCAUUUUCAUCUGCCAUUCCUCCAGUGUGGGUAGAUCUUGUGUCUUCCAAUGCUUUGCAAUAAGUAUUCUUGCUGCUGUUGUAGCAUACAUAAAGAAAGUUCUGUCCUUCUUUAACACCGAUUGGCCGACUCCCUGUGCACUUUUAAACGCAGAAGUCAGGGUUCUAAAAUGCAUUGGAGAGUUUCCUUGAGUGCAGGAGGCUCCCUGCUUUGCAAGGUCAGCAUCCAGCAUGCGGAGGACCCAGCAUGCAGCAUCCAGCAUGUGGCAUGCGGAGGACCCACAGGAACAGUGGUGAGAGGGGCAGAGCUGGCACACUUGUUUCACAAACUUUCCAUGUGUGAUGGUUCUGCAGCAGUUUUCCUCAAGUGGGUCCCCCCCCACCCGUGUGUGUUUUGGACUACAGUUCCCAUCAGCCCCCAUCAUAACACAGCUGUUGUGCUGGCUAGGACUGAGGAGAGUUGUCCUGCAAAACAUGCAGAGGGCACCCAGUUUGGGAAAGCUCUUCUGCGUGCAGGCAGAAGGCCAACGCGUUGGCUCCAAAGCAACCUCUCUCUUCUAUCACCUGACCUUCUCUUGUGCAGAACUACCAGGAAGCCCUGCGUUACAUUGGGAAGCUGCCCUUUGAGCAGGCCGAGAGCAACAUGAAGCGGUACGGCAAGAUCCUCAUGCAUCACGUCCCGAAUGAGACCACUGAGCUCCUGAAGGUCCUGUGCACGAACUACCAGCCGGUGGGGGAUCGUGAGGGUCCUGGAGCACUGGAAGGGAGGAAGGUAUCGGCUGGAUUCGGGGUGGUGUGUGUGUGUGUGUUGCUGCCCGUUGCUUGUGCAGCUGAGGGUGGUGCUCACCAAGGAGAGCAGGGGGAUGAGGAGUAAUAGGCAUUAAGUGAACAAAAUGCUAAGUGUAAAAUAUAGUCUGGGCAAGCAGGCUCAGUGGUGAUAGCCUGCAGGGUAUUGUGGGGGACAAACAGAGUCAUAGAACUGUAGAGUUGGAAGGGAUCAUUAGGGUCAUCUUGUCCAACCCCUGUUGCCCAAAGUGGGGUUCAAACCCACAACCCUGAGAUUAAGAGCCUCAUGCUCUACCGACUGAACUGGUUGGAAGGCAGGAAUGUUGAACAACCUCUGGGAGGCAGCAAAGGGCUCAGACCAGUGUGGCUUGCAGAGUUUUUGCUUGUCUGGUUGCUGUUCAGAUAAGCCAUUCUUCCCCAUACAAACACACACACACAUACCUCAUACCGGGUUUAUUGCAAUAGCACUUGCUGAUACUUGCUGUGUCCUGAGCACCAGCCAGUCUUUGCUAGGCUCCUUGUAGGGCAGGUGUGGGGAGUCACUGACCCUCCAGGUGUUGCUGAACUACAGCUCCCAUCAUCUCUGGCCAUUUGCUUGCUGGGGCUGGUGGGAGUUGUAGUUCAGCGACGUCUGGAGAGCCAAAGGUUCCCCCCAUGUUUUGUGGGGGGAGCUCUGGGACAUUUGGGGCUGCAGAAGGCUCUGCCAGGAGAACUGAGACACAGAAUGUUCCAUCUAGACUGGCUACUGCCUGCCUUUCCCCAUUCUCUUCUCUCUUUGUAAUAUAGGCAAAUCCUGAUGAGUUCAUUCCCAUUUUUGCCAACAACUCCCGGGAGCUGAAGGCCUUCCUAGAGCACAUGUCAGAAGUGCAGCCAGACUCUCCACAGGGCGUGUACGACACACUGCUGGAGCUCCGCCUCCAGAACUGGGCGCAUGAGCAGGAUCCACAGGUCAGUCCUCCAUCCGCUUGGGGUCAAAUUUCUAGUUGUGCCCAGGGGAGGUUGACUGGUGGAAGCCAUUGGCAGCAAGGUCUUGGGUGACCUGCCUGGUGAAAAUCUGGCUGGCAAGAGAGAAAAGCUCAAUUCAUGGGGCUCUGGUUCAAGGUGCCUGUGACACAGGUGGCUAACCCAUCUUUUGGCCUGAGUGCCACAUUGAACCUUGGUCAACCUUCACAGGGGGCAAGGAACUGCGUUCCAGGGGUGGGUGCUCACCAGAUACUAUCACAUACUGUUGCCUGCACACACAAACACAGCUGAUCUAUGCAGAAAACUGCGAAGUGGAGAUUAUCUUUUCCUCUCUGUACACCAAAUGACCAGUUGGAUGACCAGGAACAGGACAGUUUGCACCCACAAAAACACCCAAUUAGGGCCCACCCACCCCACAGCAGUAUGUCUGUUUCAUUAUUAUUUUCUGCCAAAGUUGGAGGGUUAUUGGGGCAGUGCCAGAACAGUUGCUUGGAGGUGUGUGUCUGGAUCAGACUCUUGAAAUGAAGUGUAGCCACCCCUGUCCCUUGCCCAUCUCUUAAUUCUUGAUCCUGGGGUUAUCCGGCAAAGCUGAAUAGUGGGAGAUUCAGGGCAGAGAAACGGGAAGAUGGAACACAAAAUAUGGAAUCCACUCCCACAUGAUUUAGUGAUGAUCACCAACUUGAAUGGCUUCAAAAAAGGAUUAGACACAUUCACGGAGGGCAAUGCUAUUAUUCCUGAUGGUUGCAUGCUCUCUCCAGAAUCGGUGGGCAAGAGCAGGAAAGUGCUUCUGUUGCAUUUAGCUCUCCUUGCAUUAUGCCAUCUGGUUGGCCACCGUAAGAACAGGAUACUGGACUGGAUGGGCCUCCUUUGGCCUGAUCCGUUUGCUGCAGAGCUCUGCUUAUUAACUUGAUGUUUUCUUGGCUUUGGGCUCCGUGUAGGUCAAAGAGAGGCUGCACAACGAAGCCAUUUCCUUGCUGAAGAGUGGGAAGUUUCGGAGUGUCUUCGAUAAGGCUUUGGUCCUGUGCCAGAUGCACAACUUCAAGGAUGGUGUCCUGUACCUCUACGAACAGGGCAAGCUGUGAGUCUAGAGGCACCAGCAGCCUCCUACUCUUUGUGGGGGUUGGAAGAGGGUUUCUGGAGCUUCCCCAAUGAGGAGGGUGCCGGAUAUUGUAGACCAGGCUUUGCGGCCUAUGUGCAGGGUUUGGACCUGGUUGAUCUGUGCCCAGGCUAUGUAGCUAAGGAAGGUUUGGAGAGCAGCAGGUGGGCUCAAGGGCAUUAUAUGUGGCCUCCUGGUGGAAAGAGCCCUCUUCUCCCUUCCUUCCCCAGUUUCCAGCAGAUCAUGCACUACCACAUGCAGAACGAGCAGUACAAGAAGGUGGUGGAAGUCUGUGAGCUGUACGGAGACCAGGAGGCCUGCCUUUGGGAACAAGCUCUCGGCUACUUCGCCCACAAGGAGGAGGACUGCAAAGAGUACAUCACAGCUGUGCUCAAGCACAUUGAGACCAAGAAUCUCAUGCCGCCCCUGCUGGGUGAGGGAGGUUCCACUUCCAGGCCGGGUGGUGGCUGAGGCUGUCUCCUUGAGAGGCUUGACUUUGGGAAGCUUCUGGGGUGGAUGGAGCUGGGAAUUAAAACCAGUCUCUCAAGCAAAAGAGCUGCUAGUUAAAUCCAGAGCUCCCUUCAGCCUCUCCCUUUAUGAAAAUGACCUGCCUUCCAAGACCCUAUGGAGGCCAGAUGCUGCUCUUACUCUUGACACCAGUGAUGCUUUUGGCCGAAGGUUUGUUUUUCUGAUCCACCCUUUAUCAAUGGUCCCUGGAUGUUUCACCAUCUAUUGAUCCCUGUGCCACCACUUUAUUUCUCGCUGCCACCACGCAGGCCCUACCUGGGACAAUACUGAGUCCAGUCAGGGUUAAAUUGAAACAUAAACUUUUGUUUAUUUAUUGCAGUUUAACAAGCGUGUGGUUUCAUAAACAGUAUCUGUCAAUUACAUUCAUGGGGUGCCUAUCUAGACCUAUAACUUUCGCUACCUGCCCUCACACACUAAACCACCUCUCAGAUAUUUACUUGUCUGCCUAGCCCCUAACUAUUCCUUACUCAGCCUAUUUCGCUACACUAACCCAACCUACCCACAACUCUAGCCCAAUUCACUCCCACUCCAACCAACCACCCAAUGACUCCCCAAGGAACUCUCCCCUUUGCCCCUCCCAGAGCUGGUUUUAUAGUCCCACUGACUCCACCCCCCUGGGUCCUGACUGGGCAACCUGUUUAACUAUUUCACCUCCAGCACUCUCUCAUAUGUUAACGUCACAAUGCUGCUCUUACUCUUGACGCCAGUGAUGCUUAUGGCUGAAGGUUUAUUUGUUUUUCUGAUCCACCCUUUAUCAAUGGAUAACAUUUAAAUUGCCCUCUGCUGUCUGAAUCUUGACCUUUAAAGGGUCUGAAGUGUUUUGGAAUGGGACAGAGAAUGCUGAAGGGCCCCUCCCCUGUGGUUUGAAGGGACAAGGUAGAUUUGUGCUCACCCAGCUGUACUAUAAAUUGCCCCACUCCCUCUACUUCCCUGUGCUGAUGGAUUGCCCCCUCUGUCCAGUUGUGCAGACUCUGGCUCACAACUCCACAGCCACCCUGUCAGUCAUCAAGGAUUACCUGGUCAGCAAGCUGCAGAAGCAGAGCCGCCAGAUCGAGCAGGACGAGCAGAGGAUUCAGAAGUACCGGGAGGAGACUAAGCGGAUCCGCAAGGAGAUCGAGGAGCUCAAAAGCAGGUAGAUGCAGUCCAUGUUGCUGGGCCUGUCUGACCUCCAUAAGACGCGGCCUCUAAAGGGAGCAAGACAUCACCACAUGCCACUUUCCUGCCUUCUGCCCAUUGUGCUCUGUUUGGUGGUGCAGUGUGAUGAACAAGUCCAGGUGGUUCCUUGGAAGGGAUUGAGAUGGAUCGGGAAGGGACUCCAAAGGAGACUUCAUUCAUCUGCCAGUCUUCCAGAGUACAGCUGCUCUUUACUUACAGCUGCUGUAGCAAUCCUGGAAUCCAGGGCAGGGGAGAAGCUUGAUGCCCAAAUGCAAUGUGGGCAUCAUAGGAAUGUGUUGCUGUUGCUUCUGCGCAUGUGUGUGUCCCUGAAAACCAUCUCUCUUCCUUGCCCUUCCCUUGUGUGUUUCCUUUUCUCAGUCCCAAGAUCUUCCAGAAGACCAAGUGCAGCAUUUGCACCAGUGCCUUGGAGCUGCCCUCAGUUCACUUUCUGUGUGGCCACUCCUUCCACCAGCACUGCUUUGAGAGCUACUCGGAGAGUGGGUCGGAGUGUCCCACCUGCUUGCCAGAGAACCGCAAAGUCAUGGACAUGAUCCGCGCUCAAGAGCAGAAGCGGGACUUGCACGACCAGUUCCAGCACCAGGUGGGUCUCCCUGGCUGCCUAGCUAGAUUUCCAGUCUAGUUUAUUAUGACACUUUAUAUCCAACUGGUGGGGAGUGCCCGGCCCUGCCUGGGAUUUUUUUUUUUGGGGGGGGGGGAGGAAAUACUGUGUUUUAAAUGCGUAGUGUAAUUUGUGUUUGAACCCAUAACUCUGGAUGUUGGGUGAAGACAUGCCAAAGUCAUGUUUCGGUCCACCAUCUUGGUUCAAAAUGGCGUCUGUGCCCAAACAGCAACGAAGUCUAUUGCCCCACCACUGGAACCAUCGUGCUGAGUUUGACAGUGAUAUCUCAAGAGGUGGCCGAACAUAUAGAGGCAAACCAUUUUCCAAAAUGUAUAGUAAAUGAUAGAAUCUCCCACCCUAACUGCCCCCGAAAGUGAAGCUUUUAUUUGUUCCAUCUUACAGAUGAAAUGCUCCAAUGACAGCUUUUCUGUGGUUGCGGAUUAUUUUGGCCGAGGCGUUUUCAACAAGCUCACCCUCAUCACAGACCUUCCUCCAGGCAAAUCUGCUGCAGUACUCGAUGCGGGCCUGCAGCGUGAGCUGCUGAUACACACAAAACGGAGCACUUAGAUGGCAGUGGGUGGGUGUCCUUCAGUCCCCUGACCUUGGGUCUCCAAAUGAGUGAUGCAAUCAGCCUCUCUUUCUAGUGCACUGUGACCCAAAAGAGGCUAGUAUUUGACUGAAGACCAGGAGGGCUGUGUAGCUGGCUUAGAAAACAGAGAGAGACCAAGGGAACUCUGGCUUGUUUAUUAUUGUUAUUAUUUUGCCUGACUAAAGCCAGGCCUGCUUCUCCAAGUCUUACAGCCUGCUGGUUAAAGUCUCCUGGUAAAAAGUCUGGUGCUUCAGCAUUAGCAGUGGUCUCCUGUAAGACUGUGUGGUGAAAAUGAGCUCUCCGCUCCAACUUUCUCCUGGUGCCUCUUGUGUUCCAAGCUCUGUAUGAGGAGGAUCUCUAGUAAGCCUGUGUUGCCCUCAUCAAAGAUAUACAGCGUGGAACUAAACUGACUGGAUUCUGGAACUGGAACAGUUAUUUUCCUGGGGAGGUGGAUUGAAGAUGUAAAUAAUGUUCAGCACUAACAUCUCUGUAACCCUUCACUUAAUAGCGGUUUACUUGCUUGAGCUAUAAAGUGUGUGAAUGUGG